AUGCAUGUAAAUGUGAUACAGAAAAUUAAAGGAAAGGUGCCUGGCUUCUCUGUUAAAACUGUCGACACAACUGGUGCUGGUGAUGCUUUUGUUGGCUCAUUUUUGGUUUCCAUGGCCAAAGAUAUGUCCAUAUUUGAGGAUGAAACAAAAUUGAAGGAGGCUCUGUCUUUUGCAAAUGCUUGUGGAGCAAUCUGUACUACUCAGAAGGGUGCAAUUCCAGUUCUUCCAACCCAGUCUGCUGCUCUUGAACUCAUUUCCAAGUCCAAAUCCAAAAAGAUGUUUUCAUUUCCUCUUUGGUUUAGCAUCACACUGGCCUUGUUUAUUAUCUGGUGGUUGUCCGUUAAUUACCAUAUUUUUGGAUAA